AUGAACCAGCAUUCUUUGAAAGGUUCAGUUUCAAUUGCUGAAAAGACAAUUAGAGUAGAAGAAGAGUGCGGAGUGCCACCUGAGUGUCUUGAUAAAAUCGGAAUGUUUCGCGACUGUAAUAGUAAAGAGUACAUCAAGAAGAAGUUCCCAACGGAAAAAUGGAUCGAUCAAUUGGCUUUCUCCGCAUGGCUAUGCCAUGAAGGUUUGGAUAUCAAAUUGCACAACGAAGGCUGUCUGAUGACGGCGAAUGGAAACUUCGUGGCCAAGGUACGUCUUGAGAAUCCACAGCUAAUCACUCAAGCUGUCGAUUUUGGCGAGGCAAAAAAGAUUUUACUUCAGCAAUUACGGAUUUUCAAAGUCCUACAGGAUGAUCUGACGGCAGAACGAAAUAAAUGGCAGUCUUCGCUAGUGCAGACAAUCGAAAGUGUCUUACAACAAACGUCGAAGAACAGAAACAAUUUAGAGAAUAUUCAAUUGUAUUUUUUAUUAAGCACCCAUUCUGACAGUUUCAAUUUCAGCCAACUUUGCGAAGCAAUAAACGAAAACAAAUUAAUAAGUAUAGAAUUGCGGUCUACGGCCGCAUCAUUUCUGGAGUUCGAAGCUCGUAGUACUACAAGAGAUAAGGUAUUAGCUCUGUUCCACCUUCAUCAGUCGAAAACACCCAGUACAGAAAUAAUCGUCCAAUUGCGUAGAAUUCUAGAUGAAAACGUUUCUGCCCACAGGAAGCAACUUUUGGAAAUAGCGCCGAUCAGUUUACGAAAGUAUCUCAGCAGUUGUAGCAACGAUCGAAUUAUUUUUGUCCAACACAAAGAUGUUGCCUUACUCUCUGACAUGACCAAAGAUCUGAACAAAAAGAUGUUUGAGGAACCAUUGACUGACCUUGCCGAUCGAUGGAUUGAUUCAGUGGAAAAGUUAACAGUCUCAACACUGCAUUCCGUUGAAGGUAUAAUGAAUACGACUUUUUAUCUGUUGGCAAAAAGUUUGCAAGAAUUGAUUGCCGAAAUCACUAACAAAACAGACCACAGAGCGGAAGAUCUCCUCACUAGCACCAGUUGUGGAUGGCAUUCGAUAAACAAGAUUACUUGGAAGUCUGAAAAUGUUUCCACGAAAUGUUUGGAACGGGAAUAUUUCUUCAUCUUCGAGCUCUUGAAGCAUUUCGAUCUGAAUUAUGAUAGUGAAAAGCAAUCCUUCAAGUACACCGUUGAGCGAUUUGGAAAACGAAAACAGCAUUUAACGUGCCAGCAACUGGCGAGAUCUUUAGAACUAGUUUUAAGCGAUGAAAACAAGCCUACAAAAAUAACUGAUGAAAAGUACAUUUGGUAUUGUCUACUGGAUGACGUUCUUUUCCAUACUAUGCCAGCAGAAUAUGAAUUCGAUUGCUUCGAAACAUUCUUCGAGGGAUAUGUAAGUUUUAUGAUUGGGGCUGGUAUUGAUCAGAUGGAAAUGCUUCGUGUUGUUACACACAGUACAACUCGUUUUAUGGUACAAACUAUGAGCUUCUUGGUACAGAAAGACUGCUCCACAAUUGACCACCAGAUUUUGCAACAACAGCUUACCCACAUAAAUGCUAAAUCCAUUCAAUCCACUGUCACUUCAAACGGUUUUCGAAAUUUGGUAAAGGAAUUCGAAAUCUAUUGGAAACAUAGAGAAGGUAUUGUAACUGAAAUUACUUCUAAAAUUUGUCUUCCGGAGAUGGCAUCACUGAAGAGAGUUUUGCUGGAAAUUGUUUUGGUUGCGUUGGACAAAACUGUAGCUGCAGAAGUUUUGGAAUGUUUUUUCAGAUCAUACUUUGAGCUGUUGAUAAUUUUAAACAAUGUUCGAUUCGAUUGGUAUGUUAAAGCUUUUCCCAACGUUAGCAUGACUACGUUAGAGGACCUAAAACUGAUUGAGCUGGUCGAUAGCAAAUGGACCAUAACAGGGCAUAAAACUUAUCGCGUCAUUGCAGUGGAAAAAUUUGUCAAUGCGGCAUCAUUUUUUUUCGAAAGUUAUCCACUCCCAAAGCAUUACGUUAUCGAAGUUCUACUAACCAUGCUAUCGUGUGUUAAAAAUCAGCUAACGAAAGUUCAGUGUAAAUCAGGUCGAAAACUAUCCGAAGAGGAACAAUUCUGUACGUCUAGCGAGCUUCUUGAUGCCGCGAAAAAGUCUUGCGUGUAUCUCAGGAAACAACCUGAUUAUAAAUCGUUUGAAUUAUUUCUGAAUGAACUGAUCGAACCAUUCACAAUUGCCAUUUAAGAUUGUUAAGUCUCGAAAAUAGUCUCGAAAUAAUAAACCACCCUAGAAACAAGAUCGCGUUUCUAGUUUAUUUCCCAAUACCCCGAAAUCAGUGGAAUUUCCCCAAAUUAGAGGAGAAUAAAGUGUACUCAUGAAGCGACCAAAAAAGUGACUAUCAUUUACGCAAAGUGACUUAAACCUACCCGUGAGAGACACGGGUUUGUCCCGUUCGAUAGUGUGCAUAGUUAACUGGCGCGAAUACUUAUCUGUUGAAUAAAUAAGUGCGCGUACUUACCAGUGUCCGCUCGAUUAGUGCACAUAUUAAAACGCUACCCGUGAAUUAUACCGCCUGUAGAAAAGAAGUUUGAGCCCGAAGAUACCCGUCCCGCAGUCCGCUGUUCCUGUUGAGAGGAAGCGUUGAAUUAUGGAAGUUGAAAGUGAUUCCCCAGACCCGUUUGGAAAUCCUGGACCCAACAAUGAUAGUAGCUCUCAUGCAGAAUUUACUAAGGAAAUCAAUCGCACCAAAAAUUCAUAUUCGAGAUUUGUACACGAGGAUAUCAGUAUUGACCAAACUCUGAAGUUGUUCGACACAUUAAACAGUUUAUAAAAAUUAAACAGUAAUUAAAAUACAUUCAAUAUUUCAACCUAUUUAUUGAGGACCCGUAUUAUGAACACACUACGGAAGCGUCUCCGGUUGCUGAGAAAGUGUUUGAAAUAAAGUUCCAGAAGCCAUUCAAAACCUGGACCAACGAUGACAAACAAGAAAAGAUACCAAAACUCCUAGCAGGGUUGGCAGCUAUUUGGUCUAUUCUGGAAUCGAAGGAUUUUUCAAAAACGGAACAAUUUCUCACUCCUCGUUGCAUUCAAAUUCUUUGCAUACUCAUCAGUGUGGAUCAAGCGACUGAAGGCGUUAUGAAUCAUCUGGCACAAGUUUCAAGUGGACAGGGGAAAUCAUUGAUCUUAGCUCUGACAGCUGCUUUGUUGGCGUUGACUGGGCAUGAACCUCGGAUAGUUUGUAGCGAUGACUAUCUGGCAUCAAGGGACAGACAAAACUUUCAGCAGUUCUUUUCUACGAUUGGAGUUGAAAAGUCCAUUGUUUAUGGUACAACGCCAAAAAUUGCCGAUAAUGUAAUUGAUCGUAUGGAACUAGGAAAUAUGUUUACGCAGAUGUUGCUUGCUAAAGGAGAGCAGAAACAGAAAGAUUGUUUUCUUAAAGAUACGCACAAUUUUGUCCUACUAGCAGAUGGUGUUGAUUGUUUUUCAUGGUUUGGGAGUACCGUUUAUGUCAAUGUGGUGUCUAUACUGCCGGGUUUGCAUUUGAUACAGGAGAAAAUAUGGAAUUUUGUAUCAUCAGGGAAAUACUUCAUAAAUAACAUUAACUACACCAGUAGAAUCGAGAACCUCGCCAAAGACAUCUAUAAUUACAUCGACUCAAACGAAAUGAUGAAACAGAAAGAACUCCAGGAUUUCAUUGCCAAUGACGAGCUGUUUGAUAUUUUCAUUGAUUAUAAGGUAGAAACUAAACGCUGUACAAACAAACAACUGUUUGACGAACAUCUCAGAAAAAUGAUUAAGGCUGCUUGUACUGUUUAUGAAAUUCACCAAAGUUAUUACUUUAAACUCAGUCCUAAAGGCACUAUUCUCGGCAAAUUUGAAAACGAAUACCUGAAUGAGCAUGUUUUCGAUUACCAAAAUGUGUUUAGGUACUUUCAGCUGCGUUAUUCUGACUACAAGACAAAAUUGGAUAGCGAAGUCAACUACGGUUAUUUUCUUUUGCCGUGCGGUUUAUUGUCACGCUCCUUCUUAUUGAAAAGAUAUUCCCUACUCCUUGGUGUUUUCAACACGUUCCCAACCACUGAAAAAUUAUUUGGAGGACUUUUCACCAUCAACCAAACGUCGAUUUUUCCUCUGCUUUCCAAAAUUCGUUUCAAUCCCUCACAUGAUUUUCGCAUGUUGGCCGACGGCUUGCAAUGGAUGACGGCAAUCAUCAGUCGCAUUGAAGCCGUAAUUGAAGAAAAUCGAUCUGUCGUUGUCUAUUUUCACUCACGCGAUCUGAAUGGUUUUCCCGCAGAAUAUUCGAGUCAAUUGAGUAAUCUCCAUUUUUGGGUUGAAGUUUCAGGCGAUUGAUGUAUCCGGAAAGAUUGUU